CUAAGGGGCGGGGCGCGCGGUGAACCUGCUGGAAUCGAGCAUCCCCAGAGAGCGCAGCUUCAGCACCACAGCCCGGAGAAGGCGGCAAGACGCGCCUCAUCUCAUCUGGCAAGCAGGCAGGCAAGAGCCGCAUCCCGGAGCCUCGCCAAUGCCGGCACCAGCAUCUCCCAACCGGGGGCGGACAGCAUAGCUUCUUGCAGUCCGCAAGAGGGCAUUGUCUGGUGUGCAAUCCUAACAACAGGAGGAAAACCUUCAGACCACCAGGAUGGCAGGAGCUUCUGUAAAGGUGGCAGUGCGGGUGCGUCCUUUCAACUCCCGAGAAAUGAGCAAGGAUUCCAAAUGUAUCAUACAGAUGACAGGAAACACUACGACUAUCAUUAAUCCAAAGCAGCCCAAGGAAACACCCAAAAGUUUCAGCUUCGACUAUUCUUAUUGGUCACACACAACUCCUGAAGACAUCAAUUAUGCCUCUCAAAAGCAAGUGUACCAGGACAUUGGAGAAGAGAUGCUGCAGCAUGCUUUUGAAGGUUAUAAUGUCUGCAUCUUUGCCUAUGGCCAGACUGGGGCUGGCAAGUCCUACACUAUGAUGGGCAGACAGGAGAAGGACCAACAAGGCAUAAUCCCCCAGCUGUGCGAGGAUCUCUUCUCCCGAAUCAAUGACACAACAAAUGACAAUAUGUCAUACUCAGUGGAGGUGAGCUACAUGGAAAUAUACUGUGAACGUGUGCGUGACCUCCUGAACCCCAAAAACAAAGGGAACUUGAGGGUGAGAGAGCACCCACUCCUUGGGCCAUAUGUUGAAGAUCUCUCGAAACUAGCUGUCACAUCCUAUAAUGACAUCCAGGAUCUAAUGGACUCUGGGAACAAAGCCAGGACAGUUGCUGCUACCAAUAUGAAUGAAACCAGCAGCCGCUCACAUGCUGUCUUCAAUAUUAUCUUCACUCAGAAACGGCAUGAUGCGGAGACUGACAUCACCACUGAGAAGGUCAGCAAAAUUAGCUUGGUGGAUCUUGCAGGGAGUGAACGAGCUGAUUCCACAGGAGCGAAAGGCACAAGACUUAAGGAAGGAGCAAACAUCAAUAAAUCGCUCACCACACUGGGGAAGGUGAUUUCUGCUCUGGCUGAGAUGGAUUCAGGACCAAAUAAGAAUAAGAAGAAGAAAAAAACAGACUUUAUUCCAUACCGGGACUCUGUACUUACUUGGCUCCUUCGAGAAAAUCUAGGUGGUAACUCUCGGACUGCUAUGGUUGCUGCUCUCAGUCCUGCUGACAUCAACUACGAUGAGACCCUUAGCACCUUAAGGUAUGCCGACCGAGCUAAGCAGAUCAGGUGCAACGCCGUCAUUAAUGAGGAUCCUAACAACAAACUGAUCAGAGAACUGAAGGAUGAAGUGGCUCGUCUGAGAGAUCUACUUUAUGCCCAGGGCCUGGGAGACAUCAUUGACAUGACCAAUGCCUUGGUAGGAAUGAGCCCAUCCUCCUCACUCUCAGCCUUGUCCAGCCGAGCUGCUUCUGUCACCAGUCUCCAUGAGCGCAUCAUGUUUGCUCCAGGUAGUGAAGAAGCCAUUGAGAGACUGAAGGAAACUGAGAAGAUCAUUGCUGAGCUGAAUGAAACAUGGGAAGAAAAACUGCGUAGGACAGAAGCAAUUCGUAUGGAGAGGGAAGCUUUGUUGGCAGAAAUGGGUGUGGCUAUGAGAGAAGAUGGUGGCACUCUGGGGGUGUUCUCACCUAAAAAGACGCCACAUCUGGUCAACCUAAAUGAGGACCCACUCAUGUCUGAGUGCCUUCUCUACUACAUUAAAGAUGGAAUAACCAGGGUUGGUCGAGAAGAUGCUGAGAGGAGGCAGGACAUUGUCCUCAGUGGACACUUCAUCAAAGAAGAGCACUGCAUAUUCCGAAGUGACACUAAGGCAGGCAGUGAAGCAGUGGUGACUCUAGAACCUUGUGAGGGAGCAGACACGUACGUCAAUGGAAAGAAAGUAACAGAACCCAGCAUCUUAAGAUCAGGAAAUCGCAUAAUCAUGGGAAAGAGCCACGUAUUUCGAUUUAACCAUCCUGAGCAGGCACGUCAAGAGCGGGAGCGAACCCCUUGUGCAGAGACCCCUGCUGAACCAGUGGACUGGGCCUUUGCCCAAAGAGAGCUGUUGGAGAAACAAGGCAUUGACAUGAAGCAGGAGAUGGAACAGAGACUUCAGGAACUGGAAGAUCAAUACCGAAAGGAAAGGGAAGAAGCUAAUUACCUUCUGGAGCAGCAAAGACUUGAUUAUGAGAGUAAACUGGAGGCUUUACAGAAGCAGAUGGACUCAAGAUACUACCCUGAGGCUAAUGAGGAAGAGGAGGAACCUGAGGAUGAAGUACAGUGGACAGAGCGGGAGUUUGAGCAGGCACUCUGGGCCUUCAGGAAGUGGAAAUGGUACCAAUUUACAUCUCUCCGGGACCAGUUGUGGGGCAAUGCCAUUUUCUUGAAGGAGGCCAAUGCCAUCAGUGUAGAGCUGAAAAAAAAGGUUCAGUUUCAGUUCGUGCUCCUUACAGACACCCUGUAUUCACCUCUGCCUCCGGACCUGCUUCCUCCGGAUGCUGCCAAAGACCGUGAGAAACGUCCUUUCCCAAGAACCAUUGUGGCGGUGGAGGUGCAGGAUCAGAAGAAUGGAGCAACCCAUUACUGGACUUUAGAGAAACUCAGGCAGAGGUUGGACCUGAUGCGGGAGAUGUAUGACCGGGCGGCUGAAGUGCCCUCUAGUGUUAUAGAAGACUGCGACAAUGUGGUGACAGGAGGAGACCCAUUUUAUGACCGCUUCCCUUGGUUCAGGCUGGUUGGCAGUUCAGAUAUCUCUGGCUGCAACAGCUCUCCUAUUUUCAACACAUGCAUGAGCGAGCGCAUGGCUGAUCUCACCCCCUCCCCCACCUUCUCGAACCCUGACUCCGACAUCACCGAGCCUGCUGACGAGCAGCACGUGGGGAAGGAGGAGGAGGAGGAUGACCUGGAGGAAGACAUCUUUCCGGAGUACCCGCUGUAUGAUGGCCAGGAUCCAUUUUACGACCGCUCCCCCCUGUUCAGUUUAGUAGGAAGAGCCUUCGUGUAUCUCAGCAACUUGCUGUAUCCUGUGCCUCUGGUCCACCGUGUUGCUAUUGUCAGCGAGAAGGGGGAAGUGAAAGGGUUCCUGCGUGUGGCGGUUCAGGCCAUCUCAGCGGAUGAAGAAGCACCGGAUUAUGGCUCAGGAGUGCGACAAUCUGGAACAGCCAAAAUUUCCUUUGAUGAUCAGCACUUUGAGAAGUUCCAGUCUGAGUCCUGUCCUGCAGUAGGAAUGUCUCGCUCUGGAACUUCACAGGAGGAGCUGCGCAUUGUAGAGGGACAGGGGCAAAUAACUGACAUAGGACCGUCUGCAGAUGAAGUCAACAACAACACCUGUGCAGCCACUCCUGAGGAUCUUCUCCUGGACAGUUCAGAGAAGUCUGCUGUGGACGGGCCUUCAGAGACAGCUCUGGAGCACCUGAAGCUGGGCAGCAUCUUCACUUUCAGAGUGACUGUUUUGCAAGCCUCCAGCAUCUCAGCAGAAUAUGCAGACAUCUUCUGCCAGUUUAACUUUAUUCACCGCCAUGAUGAGGCCUUCUCCACAGAGCCCUUGAAGAACACUGGACGAGGCCCACCUCUUGGCUUCUAUCACGUUCAAAAUAUUGCAGUGGAGAUCACCAAAUCUUUCAUUGAGUACAUUAAGAGCCAGCCAAUUGUCUUUGAGGUAUUUGGGCACUAUCAGCAGCAUCCUUUCCCCCCUCUCUGCAAGGAUGUCCUCAGUCCUCUACGACCAUCCCGACGCCACUUUCCCCGGGUCAUGCCAUUAUCCAAACCAGUGCCUGCAACUAAACUGAGUGCCAUGACAAGGCCCAGCAUUGGCCCCUGCCAGUGCAAGUAUGAUCUGAUGGUCUUCUUUGAGAUCUGUGAGCUUGAGGCCAAUGGCGACUACAUCCCUGCUGUCGUGGAUCACCGCGGAGGAAUGCCCUGCCAUGGAACAUUCCUUCUACACCAGGGUAUCCAGAGGAGGAUCACAGUCACCUUGGUGCAUGAGACAGGGAGCCACAUUCGCUGGAAAGAAGUGCGGGAGCUGGUUGUGGGUCGGAUCCGUAACACUCCAGAAGGAGAUGAAUCCCUCAUUGAUCCCAACAUUCUCUCUCUGAACAUCUUGUCAUCAGGAUACAUCCGCCCCUCUCAGGAUGAUCGGCAGUUUCUUGAUUCGGAUAUGCCUAGGACAUUUUACCAGUUUGAAGCCGCAUGGGAUAGCUCCAUGCACAACUCUCUGCUGUUGAAUCGUGUCACCCCAUACAGAGAGAAAAUCUACAUGACCCUCUCGGCAUACAUUGAGAUGGAGAACUGCACUCAACCAGCUGUGAUCACCAAAGAUUUCUGUAUGGUCUUCUACUCCAGAGAUGCCAAACUCCCUGCUUCUCGAUCCAUUCGCAAUCUUUUUGGAAGUGGAAGCCUUCGAGCUUCAGAGAGUAACCGUGUGACCGGGGUCUAUGAGCUCAGCCUUUGUCGGGUGGCUGAUGCUGGCAGUCCAGGUAUGCAAAGAAGACGGAGGCGUGUGCUUGACACAUCUGUGGCAUAUGUGCGAGGCGAGGAGAACCUAGCAGGCUGGCGGCCUCGUAGUGACAGUCUCAUCUUGGAUCAUCAGUGGGAACUGGAGAAACUGAGCCUCCUGCAGGAAGUUGAGAAAACAAGGCAUUACCUGCUGCUGCGUGAGAAGCUAGAGACAACCCAGCGCUUAGGUCUUGAUUCCCUCUCCUCUAGUUCCAGUGAAGACUCUGAUUCACGCAGUACAUCUUGUGUCUCCUCUCCUGUCUCAGCAGAUGGUACCCCAGAGGGGAGGAAUUUACCACUGGACACCCCUAGUGAGAGGCAAAAAGAACUUGCAGUUAAGUGCUUGCGCCUCCUUACACACACAUUCAACAGAGAAUACACCCACAGUCAUGUCUGUGUCAGCGCAAGUGAGAGCAAGCUCUCUGAAAUGUCAGUGACUCUGCUGAGAGACCCUUCCAUGCCAGCCCUUGGGGGCAAUACCUUGACCCCUUCCUCCACCUGCCCAUCACUGGUUGAAGGACGGUACAGUGCCACAGAGGCCAGAACUCUCCAGCUAUCUUCUAGAGUGGAAAGCCCUGAAUCUGAGCCCACAGUUGAAGGAGAACAGAAGAAAUCCCCUAGCUGUGGACCCGAAGAUGAAAAAGAGACCCAGCGCCUAUUGGUCCCCGAUAUUCAAGAGAUUCGGGUCAGCCCCAUUGUCUCCAGGAAAGGUUACCUACACUUCUUGGAGCCCCACACAAAUGGCUGGGUGAAGCGCUAUGUGGUUGUGAGACGUCCCUAUGUCUACAUCUACAACAGUGACAAGGACUCUGUGGAGCGGGCAGUCCUCAAUCUGUCAUCAGCUCAGGUGGAAUACAGUGAAGACCAGCAGGCUAUGCUGAAAACCCCCAACACGUUUGCAGUGUGCACUGAGCAUCGUGGGAUCCUGUUGCAGGCAAGCAAUGACAAGGAUAUGCAUGACUGGCUGUAUGCAUUUAACCCUCUUCUGGCUGGAUCAAUAAGGUCCAAACUGUCUAGACGGAGGACAGCCCAGACAAGAAUUUAGCCUGAAAGAGUCGCCCACCUCAUCAAACCAAGUGAAAUAAUGGGUGCUGUUUGAGGGUCCCCACCUUAAAUUUGGAUCUCUCUUGUCAUUCAUCUCGUCAGAUGCCUGUGCCACAAAGUGAUCCAUCUCAAGUUACAGCUUCAUUGGCCAAAUUCAUUUCUAUUGUAACUUUAGAAGCCUGGUACACUCUGAAAUCCUUGUGCACAUGUGAUCUUCCACCCAAAUCUUUGUUGGGUGACCUAGGUGACAUACGGCCACUAAAAAAGCAAGAGGUUUUUUUAAGUUUAAUUUAAUUUUUAAAGCAGGUGUUCAAUUUAAAGAGACAGGAAUUUGCAAAAGAAUGGAAAUUAUAAAACAUGUUACUUAAAGGAGAUAAAAGCGAUAGGAUUGUGUUCUGAUAAUCCAUAACUUAUUGACUUACUUGAUAGAGCAAGAAAGAGUAGUAUCAGAUUAUAUUUAUAAAGUACUUAUUUCUAUUUACUUCACUGAAAAAUGUACAUUUUGUUUAUCAUGUGGUGUUGUUUUUCCACCUACGCACGUACAUAAUGCUGCGUCUCAUUUCUGCUGAAAGAUGUGAAAGUAAGUCAGUGUGGUGAUGGGAGAGGGCCCCAUCAGCCAUUUUGUGAGGCUAUCUUUGCUCUCUUUCAAAUACUACACUUGUUGCCUGAUUGUUACUGUUUUCAGUCACCUAGCCAAUGUUUAGGGCUGAACUACAUGUUACACGCAGAGGUGUAUAACAUUCCCCCAUCUAUUUUUAUAGAGUGAAGACCAGCUUCAGGAGACUGUGACUGGAAGUGAAGGAAUAGCAAUGGGAGUUUGGGGGGGGGGGAAACAUGUGCUUAAUUGUUUCUCCACAGAUGCCUGGUGGGGGAAAGAAUUAUUUCCCCUCUAUCCCAUUAGCCUUCCUUUGCUCCCAUGAGCAGUCUCCCAAGAUCACUCUUCAUUAAAAAAAAACACCACCACAACACACGUCUGUCAAGGGAAUGUUACAUGUUUCUGCAUAUAACACAGAGAUUGGCCUUCAGUCUUAAGUCAAUAAGAGUGUUUUGUUGGAGGAGAGCUCAUGCUGUUCCCAGUAAAGGAAGGCUGGAAGAGGGGGUUGCUUAACCUUUUCCUCAUAAUCCAUUAUUCAUGGCAUGGGAGGAAGAAGCUAGACCGUCUGUCACCAAUCAUGUUGCAGGCAGUAUUCAGUAAGUUCCUGUGACACUCACACAACCACAUCCUACACGGCAGUUGAAAUGGUAAUGGUUGCACUAUCUGAGGGAAGAAUGGCAUUUUCCAGUGUACAAAAUAAAAACACUCCCAGUGCUUAGGUAACCCAUAGAGAAAAUGCAAUAUGUGCACAACAAAAGAGCAACCUCAAGGGAAAAUGCCUAGACUUCCCAGAAAAAAUGAAAAACCACUGUAUGUUUAUUGCACUCAAAACUGAUUGCCUGGAAAGACCUUUUGUCAUUUCCUUUUAUAGGAAAAGUAGGUUUGAAAUAGAUGACAUGGAUGUAGCAAGAAUGCUAUACCCUAGUGUAAGAAUGGAGCAGUGUCAUAUAAAAUGGACCUGUUCUCACUGUUGUAUCUAGUGAUGCUUUUAAAAGUCUCCUUCCAAAUGUUAAAUACACUUACACCUCACUUCUUUCUAGUAAAAUUAAUUAAAUAGUCAGUUUUAUUUUAAAACUGCUAAGACACGGUAAUACAGUUAGCUUAUUUGGCACUAAGCAAUUAAAAAAUGGAAAUGGAAAUGGACUGCCUUCCAGUCGAUCCCGACUUAUCGCGACCCUACUGAUUUUUAGAAUACCCUUAACUGCAAGGUCUGUGUUUUAGCUCAGAACUCUCCUUUUCCAAUUUUAAAAACUGAUUAUCUAUAUGAAUCCAACUUCAGGCAGACCCAUGAGGAUCCUCAACCCUCUAUACACGUGACCCUGGAUUAUAUCAUUACUCGUUGGCAGCAGACCUUAGUUUGCACAGCAUGGCUACCCCCUGGUUUGGUGGUUGUUUCUCACUUUCCCACUUGUUAUGUUGUGUCUGCUUGGUCCUCUGAUGAGAUUGUCUAUGCUGUGAUAUUUCUUUUUGAAUUCCAUUUUCCUAAUAAUAUGAAAAGAUAUGGGUGAAAAGAUAAGGACCUCAGAAUCCCUUCUGCAUAAGUACAGUGGACUGGGCAAACCACAUCAAGUAUACAUAAUCUUCAGAUAGCCUGACAAUAACCAUAGUCAGAAUUACCAUGAGGAUCUCUGUGGGAAGCUCCUAAAUCCAUAUUUCCCACCACAUUCACUGAUUAGGAGGCAUCAUUUAACUAAGGCUGCAAUCCAGUACACGGCUACUCAGAAGUAAGUUCUAUUGGGUUCAAUGGGAUUUAGUCCCAUGUAAGUAUGUAUUGGAUUGCAGCCUAAGUGUUAUUUUACUUCAUUUUUGCUGCCUCUUUCUUUCUUAUUAACUCUCUUGAAAUGGCAUGACAUUCCUUACUCCCAGGAAACUCCAUUCUGUCUUAGAUCUAAACAACAAAAGAUUGGGAGGGUGUAUCCUCUACUUUUACCAAGACUUAAACUCAUUUUAUUUAUUCUUUCUACUCAUUUCUACAUUUUCAUGAAUUAAAUGCUAAUUGUCUGAGAGAAGCCCUUACCUAUCUAGAUAGUUGUUUUUCAAAAUAUUUGAGUUUAUAUACAUAAAUAACACUAUUUUUCAGCCUGCUCAAAAUUAACAUGCAGGAGACUGUCCAGUGCCAGUUGCAAUAGCUGUUUUUUAAUCCCCAUGGUUUACUUUCCCUUUCUGCAAAAAUAGCAAAAUUAAAUUUAAAAUAGCCUUGGUGGCAACUUUGAUUCACUUAAACUUUCCAGCCCAUCUAAAGAUCUGUAUAACAUCUCAUGAAAACCCAUAAUUGAUUCUCACUUCCUAAUCAAUGGUGCCUCUUGUUCUCUUAUCAGUGUCUGAUCUACUAGAACACUUUCAUGAAAAAAAUUUGUAGUCAUACAACAACUGGCUAUCAAAACUGUGAUUCUCUGAAAUGUCCCAAGAGAUUGUUAUGGAGUAAAGUUCACAGCUACCUGGAAACAAUUUGGAGAAAUCAUAUGAAUGUGUUAGCUCUUCUGUUUUAAAAAGAACAGGACAAUUCUUUUCUGUAAAGAAUAUCCUCUUUAUUCCCUUUCAGAGGCUGGUGUUCACUCUUCGUGUUUGAAGGUUUAUCCCGGUACACUCUUAUCCUAAUUUUACUUCCCUCUGUUAUUACAAGGAGGCACAUAUAGGUUAUAUUUCCGCCCAGGAGGCCUUUAAAAAUAUUUUACUUAAUUAUGUCCAUUUAAAAAUUUCAUGAGAUUUUAUUAUGUUAGUGGCAAUGAAUGAAGAAGUCGUGUCAGUAGCCUUCCUCAUCCAGAUAUAUUUGUUUUGGACCAAAUAACCAUGAAACACAAAAAUGUGAAUGUGACCUACAUUGCUAAUGAAGAAAUGUUUGGAAGAGCUGCAUUUUAUGGGGAAUGGUGGACUGGUGAGGGGCAUGGCUUAGGUCAGCCAACCUGAAGAGCAUGUCCCUGCCUGGUGAUGUGAAUUUUGGGUUACAGCCUGGUCUCACUCAGGGUUCCAUGUUUCUGGGGCCAGCAAACCUGCAGAGAGCAUUACUGCCUUGAGUUUGGGAUCAAAGGCUUGACCCAAAGCCCCUAGAAAUCAAGGACAAUGUUUGAAUUGGGACUUAAAUGUUAUUACUGAAAAACAGUUGGUGAACUGUUAAUGCAGUAGCUAAUUAAUCACAUAUCCAACAAGUUGCAAUCUCUGACUAGCGUGGAUAUCCUGAAAGGAUUUUUUUUCUUUAGUACUUUGGGAGGAAUAGUUAUAGAGAUCUAAUGGUACAUCACAGUGUUAUUUAGAUGACCUUGCAUAUUAUUAUAUUUGGCACCUUUAUUGCUGAGACUACUACUUUGUUCAUUGCCAAAAUGUUUAGUCAUUUAUAUAUUUACCAACUAGUCCUGCAGAUGAGGGAACCCAUUAAAUUCUGCAUAAAAUAUCACAGGGUAAAUUCCCAACUCUGCUCUAUUUCACAUGACCAUAUUAUACUGAUCUUAAGGUGGAAGCAAGUGAGAGAAAAUGCCAUACAAGAAAACGAAUUUCCUAUUAUAUUAUGCUUACUCCAUUCCAUAAAUUAUAUUUUGGUUGAAGACUGGUUUUCAGUAACUAUAAGAGGCAUAGUGUUUUCUUCCAGUUCCAAUAAAUUAGCGGGGAAUGAGGAAUUCACCUGAAGUAACAGCUGCUCUCUAAACUUCCCACCAGUAGCACAGCAGAUCUUAACCAGCAUGAGUAGUCUUGUAAAUUAUCAUACAGUAACAGAAAAGCAGAGGAACAAGUGAAAGAAGCACAAUUAACUAAUACCUGUGAGACUAAGAGGAGAUUGCUUAUCCAUAAGGUAACAUGCAAAAAUGAAAACACAAGAUGCUUAACUCUCUAAUAAUGCUCUUACUGUUUCUUUCUGGUGUGUGUUCAAUGAUCUGUAGGAAGGAUGGCUAUCAUUCAUGAGCUGUGACUUAAUAUCAAGAUCUUACUGUAUAUAAUAAUGAAGGUUGUGGGUACUUUUUAUUUUGUAUUAAUCUUAUUUUGCCUGUGCUUCCAUUAUCUAGUUUGUCCACAUGAGUUCUUCCUGUGACAUCAUCUCCAAAUGCUGGGAGACCAUUUCUCUUGCUUUGUAUAUAUGUGAUUGCUGUGGGCACGCCCUUUACCACUGUAUAAAUAAUAAUACUGAAGUAAUGAGUCUAGUUUUCUUGAUGUCUUAAAACUAUUGAGUGUGGGAAAAUAGGGUCUUCAACUGUUUGUGUACACUUAAGGCAUUGUUCAGUUAA